AUGCGCACAUCAACCUUCCUCAGAACGGCCUUGGUGCUGGCUAGCAGUUACUCUGUCAAUGCCGAUAUUACAACUACAAUCGACCCCAAGAGCAACUGGGGUACGUGGGAAGGCUGGGGAACUUCGCUGGCAUGGUGGGCGCAACAGUUCGGCGACAGAGAUGACCUUGCGGAUAUUUUCUUCACGCUGAAGCAAACCAAGUUCAACGGUGAAACCCUACCAGGACUUGGCUUCAACAUUGUACGGUACAAUGCGGGUGCAUGUAGCUGGAAUGCCGUCGACGGGGAGAAGAUGGUAGUAUCGCCGAACGUGAAGAGAUCGAGGCAGAUGGAGGGCUACUGGAUAGACUGGAAGAGUAAUGAUUCGUCCUCAUCGAGCUGGAACUGGUCCGUUGACGUCAAUCAACGAGCCAUGCUCCAGAAGGCGAUCUCACGUGGAGCGGAUAGAACAGAAUUGUUCUCGAACUCGCCGAUGUGGUGGAUGACAAAGAACCACAACCCCUCAGGUGCAGCUGACGGUAGCGAAAACAUCCAAUCGUGGAACUUGGAGCAGCAUGCGAUCUACAUGGCGAAUGUAGCAAAGCAUUUCAAGGACAACUGGGGGGUCGAGUUUGAAACUGUAGAUCCGUUCAAUGAGCCAAGCGCCAACUGGUGGAAAGCAGACGGUACGCAGGAAGGAUGCCACGUCGACGUAUCCACCCAGGCCAAGAUUGUCGGCUUCCUCGAUACACAUCUCGCGAGCCGCGGUCUGUCGACGAAGAUUGCGGCAUCCGAUGAGUCGUACUACGACCAAGCUGCUAUCACCCUGAAGACAAUUGGUAACAGUGCACUUAGCAAAAUCGAUAGGAUCAACGUGCAUGGUUACCAGUACGGAAGCGGUGAUCGCGCUGGUGUCCAUACGCUAGCUACCCAGGCUGGAAAGUCUCUCUGGAACAGUGAAUACGGUGACGGUGUGGCCUCUGGCGAGAACAUGGCUAGAUACCUCCUCCAGGAUCUCCGCCAAUUGAAACCUACAGCAUGGGAGUACUGGCAGGUCUUGGACCAAGGUGGGUGGGGAUUGAUAGACGCGGACAACGAUGCGAAAACGCUGGGUUCAUCCACACAGAAGUAUUACGUACUUGCGCAAUUUGCAAGACAUAUGCGCCCAGGAAUGCGGAUCCUCGAUGGCGGCCGAGACAACGUCGUUGCUGCUUACGAUGCGAGCAAGUCAUUGUUGGUUAUCGUAGCCGUGAACUGGGACGCGGCGCAGUACCUGAACUUCGAAUUGUCGGGCUUCUCGGGACGUCCUUCAUCCGGGGCAACUGUUUCGCGGUGGAGCACCCAGAUUGGUAGCGGUGAUCGGUACGUGCAGUAUCUCGACACUACGAUCAGUGGGACAAAGUUCUGGUCGAAGUUUGAGAAGAACAUGGUGCAGACUUUCGAGGUUACGGGUAUCAAGCUGUAG